UUAAUGCUAUUUUUAGAAUCGCAGUGCCUUCUUUUUUUCUGCGCUCUGAUGGCCGCUUUACGCUGUUUGCUCACUUAAACAAACGUUCCUCGGUGCUGAUCAAGAGAACGAACGAGAUCGAAAUCAGAGUCGUGCGUGCGCAGUGAGAAUGACAGGGCUAAGAGUGAUUGAGAGUGAUAGAGAGUUGUCCUUCCUUUGAAAGGGUUUCCUGUGGCGAGGCUUUUGGCACCUCUCGAGCCCGUCGCAGUYCAGCGGUAUGUCUUCCUAGUUCCCAGUCCUUCUCUUCCACAGGUCAUUUUACGAAAUUCGGCGGCAGUUGUGAUAAGUUUUUCGGCACAUGGUUCAAGAGUUCAAAAUGACUCUGGAAAAUGACGAUGUUAGUGAUGUGACAAGCUUGUUAGCGAAGACCAAGGUUGCUCAAGUUAACCUAAUCAGCUUCAAAGGAAAAAGUCUCAAGCUCAAUACGGCUGCUGAUGCUGAGGAGAUCUGUAAUGCAAUUAAAGAUAGUAAAGAUAUGCAAGCCCUGUGUCUGGAGGGGAACACAGUUGGUGUUGACGCGGCAAAAGCUAUUGCUGAGGUGCUYUCAAAGAGACCAGAAUUUGAGAGAGCUUUAUGGAGCGAUAUGUUUACUGGUAGAGUGAGAUCUGAAAUUCCACCAGCUAUGGAAGCCUUAAGUGAUGCUGUCAUUACAUCAAAUGCAAGACUUGUUGAACUAGAUUUAAGUGACAAUGCCUUUGGUCCAGAUGGUGUGAAGGCCUGCGUCAAGCUACUUACAAGUACAGCUUGCUAUUCACUCAAGGCUUUGAGAUUUAACAACAAUGGUCUUGGUGUUGGCGGAGGAAAACUAUUAUCAAAAGCUCUAUUAGAUUGUCAUCAGUCAAGUUCAGAUGCUGGUAAACCCCUUGCACUUGAGGUCUUCAUAUCAGGAAGAAAUCGUCUGGAAAACCCUGGAGCAAAAGCAUUAUCUGAAGCAUUUAAGGUUAUUGGCACCCUUGUGGAAGUGCAGAUGCCACAAAAUGGUAUACAGCAUGAAGGAAUAGCAGCACUAGCCGAUGCAAUGGCUUCAAACGUUAACUUAAAAAUUCUUAAUCUCAAUGAUAACAUAUUCACAGAAAAAGGAGCCACAGCCAUGGCUAAGGUUAUACUGCAGUUACCAAACAUAGAGGUUAUCAAUUUUGGCGAUUGUCUUGUAAAAACUCAAGGAGCCAAGAUUUUAGCAGAGGAACUGGCCAAAGGAGCCAAUAAUCUCAAGGAACUUAAUUUAUCAUUUGAUGAAAUCAACAAGGAAGGAGCAAUGACUGUUGUAGCAGCGGUAGAGAAUAAGGAAUUUUUAGAAAAGCUGGACUUGAAUGGUAACUGUUUAGGAGAUGAAGGGAUUGAGGAGUUAAAAGCUGCACUGGACACACAAGGACAGUUAGCAAAACUUGGAAGUUUAAGUGAUGAUGAAGGGGAUGAAGAUGACGAUGAGGAUGAAGAUAUCGAUGAGAUAUGUGCUCAGAAUGAAAGUGAAGAAGAGAAUGAAAGUGAAGGAGAAGAGAAAAAGGACCUUUCGUUAAAAGUAGAAGGAAUCAGCAUUAAACCACAGUCCCCUUUACUUGGCGAUGAUAAGGAAUUACAACAGGAACUACAAAAGGAAUGCAGCACAGAAGACGUACAGAAUUUUAUAAAGAAGCCAACUUCUCAGAUGUUUAAUUGCUUCCCCACCAAAAUACGAGCCCAACUCCUCAAAGAUGCAUUACAGGAUGACUUUAAGGAUGCAGAUAAAGUAGCUCAUCAUUUUGUCAAGGUGUCUGUUGGUUUAAUGAAUGACACAUAUGCCAUCAACACAUGCACAGAUGCUAUUUUAGGAACAGCAUUAUCAACAACCAGUAUCCAGGAAGGGAACCUUGCAAACUCUAUUUUAGUUUAUCUAGGAUUUCUUAAGAGUGAAGAUAAAAUACAGCCGGUGAAAGACUUGUCAGGACCACUUGCUGCCCUACUACAUGCUGCAAAACAAGACUACUUCACCAAGUCACUUGCUUCUUACUUUAUUGUAUUUAUGUCACGCCCAUCUAAAGUGCUUGAACAGUAUUCCACCCAACGCCAUUCUUUAUUGCAAGCUCUGUACCAAGUAUAGGAUGGAUAUAGAUAGCAAAAGGUGGCAAUUAUAUUUCAAUAUGGAAGAUAGAAGAGUUAUUGGGCAGUCAAUAAUGUUGUAGGCAGAAUUAGGGUAAUUUUACUGCAUGGCAAGGUUUUAUUUUAAAAAGUUAAAGUUCCAUCAUGUUGUAGGAAGUGAUUGCCCUUGGACCCUCUGUAUAAACAGUCUAUGACUAUUAAUUAAUCCAAUUCACUUGAUGGAAGUAUUGUCAUCUCCUUGAGAAUAGCAAGUAAGAUUCUUUGUUUUGGCCUCAUCCAUGUUCAUAUAUCUUUCAAAGUAUCACAGUAAAUAAAAACAUGAUACUCAAGGGAUUGGCAUGUGGUGUGAUUAGGCCAUUUCUGAUAUAUAUUCUGACCAAGCGUUGCAAAGAGAUGUCUGAUAAUGUGGAGUAUAAAAGCGUUCUUGAGGAGAUUUGUCUGUGACAGGCGACUUGACAAUAGAACAUUUUAUGAAAAUGUCACAGACAAAAUUUCUCAAGAAUGCUUUUAUGCUUUGCGCAAGCAAGCAUGUCUUCUGCACAAAUCCUUGAAAUGAUGCACUUGGUCAUGAAAGUCCUGUAAACAGGCUAUUGAAAAAUAAUAAACAAGAAGAAAGCGUUAUGCUUUUAAUGUCA